AUGGCCGACAUUGUAGCAACGAGGGUUUUUACAGACAGCAAGAUCAAACCCCUUCUAAAUAGGUGCCCUGGCGGUGAGGACAUUAGGACAAGAGACUCUGCCUUACCUCAAAAUACUGUCAGGCCCAAUCGCGAUGACUCUGCAGCGUGCCAUCCGCGACCAAACUCGAUACCCUCUCAAACUGCUAUAUAUGAGGAUGAUAAUCUGCAGACUGCCCUCGACGAAAGGGAACUUAUUGAUUCAUUCAGAGCCCUUCCUCCGAAAGAACAGUCGGUGAUGAUGCAAAGAUUUGACACGCUUAAAUCUCAGCUUUUGCAAGUCCAACAUAGAGGGGAAGAUACUAACGAUGUCUCAAAUAAUCCCACUUGGGCCCACCGGACAGAAGUGGUUGACCUUCUUCAGCUCAGUCCCACUCUGAAUUCAAAAACCAUCCGACAAGACUCAAAUCUUCAAGUUGCUUCUGCAGCGUGCGCUACAUCACGAGACGACCAGGCUCUGCCAUCCUCACUGAACCUUCAUCUAUAUUCAUCAACCAACAUAUCUAAGGACGAAAUUCUGAUUUCCCUGCUUGACUCAAAUCCCUCUUUAACUCACUCAUCUAUGCCAGAGCUAGAAUCUUCUCCGGUUUCGUCCAGAUAUAGAAGUAGUCCACAAGUGAUGCCCCUGAGAGAGUCUUCCGCAAUUUCCACCUCCGUGAUGCCCCCUCAAUUACCUCCUUCAAAGGAAACUGCGAAUGUUACACCUCGGGACCCGCCGUCAGAAAUGAUUGAAGACCCGAUGGGACGCAUCAAUAAAAUAAUCCGAAUGUCGGAUGACAAAUCUGCGAGAGGGUUUACCCCGACGGACUCAAUUUCCCCCUACCUGGGUAUUUCUCUGUCAAGUUGUACCAAGAAUUUCGAAAUGAAGAGACUUCCUGUUCAGAGACCUACUUUCAGUGGAUCAUCCACGGUGUGCCAACAGUCGAACCAAAUUGUUAAAAACUUUAAUUUGCAGGGCGCCUCACAGUUACCAUCCUCCCAAAGUAAAAUAACUGACUUUUUUGUUACAUCUUCUGUCUCUAACAGAGAGUCUGCCCCCCCUCCAUUUUGA